AUGCCGACUUCGAUCAUGCAGAAAAACUACAGUCACUGUCCGCUCAAGAAGCGACCGGUCUUUAUGGCCAAGGAGGACCCAUCCUUCAAGAAUGACUCCGAGAGUGAGCUGGAACCGGAGAACCUCAGCACCAAGCCACAGGACCUGUCGAUGAAGUCGAAGCGCAAGUCCCGGCCGGCCUCGCCCGCCGCGCUCGUGGCCACCGCCGCCGACGAGGAGGACGUCGAGGUGGGCAUCCUGGCGAUCAAGACGGAGGACAGCCUGCCGACGCCGCCACCGUCGUCGUCGCCGAGCCCGAGCGACACCAAGUCCCCGAUCUCGAUCCCGGCCACCCCGACCUACCCCGGUGCCCUGUACGCCCCGUACCCGAGCUCGCGGUCCCCGCUGUCACCGCCCUCCGGAUAUCCUGGCUUCCCGUACGCCAUGCCGCCGUAUCCGGCCGACUUCUACAGUGCCGCCGCUUACCACCACCACCACCAGCAGCAGCAGCACCAUCACCACCACCAGCACCACCACCACCAUCGCCAGCCAGCGUCCUUCCACCACCAGCCGCCUCCGCCACCACCCCCACCGCAUCACCUGAGCCAAAUCUCUCCGCCCCGCUCGGAGCCCCUGUCGCCGUACAGUCCGCCCCGGCGCGACCGCAGCCCAUCACCCGUCGCCCGCUCCCCGACGCACCUCUACCGCCCGGAGCGUCGUUCCCUGUCACCGCCCCCCUCGAUGGUGGUUCCCCCGUACCCGGUGGCCGGUGGUCACGUCAUCAAGUCGGAACAGUUCGCGGCCCGCUCGCAGCACCGCUACAUGCCGUACAUGCACCACCACCCGCACCAGCACCCGCACCACCUACACUCGUCGCAGCACCCGCACCUGAUGAUGGCAGCCCCGGCGCCAUCGCACCCACCGUCGAGCGUCGAGCAUCCGUCGCUAUCGCCGACCUCCAGCCACACCUCGUUCAACUCGUACCUCUCGUCGUCCCGGGGCCGCUCGCUCUCGCCCGCGUCCGCCUCCAGCCCCCGCUCCUCGCUCGGCCUGUCGGAGGAGAACAACAACAGCCUGAGCGCCACCAACGGCAACACCACCACCACCAACGUGCUGAUGGAGAAGUCCACCUCGAGCGCCAACAUCCAGGAUCACGCCAAGGAGAAGGAAGGGAAGACGGGUGGCGGCGGGGCACCCCGGUACCAGUGUCCGGACUGUGGCAAGAGCUACUCCACGUACUCCGGGCUGUCGAAGCACCAGCAGUUCCACUGCCCGGCGGCCGAAGGCAACCAGGCGCAGAAGACGUUCGUGUGCAAGGAGUGCGACAAGCCGUACAAGACGCUCGGUGCCCUGAAGAUGCACAUCCGCACGCACACGCUCCCGUGCAAGUGUACGCUCUGUGAUAAGGCGUUCUCGCGGCCCUGGCUUCUGCAGGGCCACAUCCGCACGCACACCGGCGAGAAGCCGUUCGUCUGCAAGCUCUGCUCCCGUGCGUUCGCCGACCGCUCGAACCUUCGGGCCCACCAGCAGACGCACGAGGACGUGAAGCGGUUCAAGUGUCCGACCUGCACCAAGUCCUUCUCGCGGCUCCCGCUCCUCACCAAGCACGCCGAGAGCGGGUGUCCGGGUGGCAGCGAGGGCACCAGUUCGCCCGAUCACCUCCACCACCAUCACCAUCCGGACAGUCCACCGUUGUCGCUUUCCGGUGAGGAUCUGGCGAUGCGCCAGCGUUGCCAUUCGCCUUCGGAGGCGCUUCCGGAGGACGACGAUGAGGAUGGUGCGGCCGCUGCCAGUAAGUUCAUGCCCACUGUCUUGCCGCACUCGAACGGGAACAUUGCGGUCUACUAG